CUGCUCCAAUCAGUAAACUCCUGAGGGCUGAUCCCAAUGCACUUUCACUUCUGCCUGCGGAUAAGUUACUUAAACAGCAUUAUUUUACUCUUCAGAUUUAACAGAGGCUUUGGAGGAAACCUAAACACUCAGAACCUACUUUCUGAACUAUGCCAGUUGCGUUUAACGGAUUAUAAGAAAUGGCUUUCUUUCCUGACAAGAUACUGUAUCUUGUUGUCCUGAAUGUUGCGGUCACGAGUGUGGUAGGAUCAGACCGUAAGUAAUUAAACUGAGAUGCAGAUGGCCACUGUGUACUGGGAUAAUACUCACAAGGCAGUGUUGCUGAAGCAGGGGGUUCUGGAAAAAGAAGGGGACGCAUAUGGGUACUUUAACGACACCCUCUCGCACACGGGCUGGGGAGUUCUGGAGCUGCGGGCAGGUUAUGGGGAGACCCCGGAACUCGACGAAGUCACCUUCUUCCUGGCGGGAUACCUGGAGGGAUUCCUGACAGCUCAACAGAUGUUUAGUCACUACACUAACAUGUAUCCCCAGCUGAUAAAGGACCCAAAGGUGCUAGGUCCAGUGAAGAACUGGAUGAGUAAGCAGGACCAGUGGACGAGAGAACAGGUGAAGCUUAAUAAGGCCGUGGACCCCCUGUGGCAACACGCUGGCUUCAUCGUAGCCCAAAUGGACGGGCUUCAGGCAGGAGCUUCGUACUGGGCAAAGCUCAAUAAGAGAGAGCCCCUGUCCAUGUUCGCCGUCCAGUUCCUCAAUGCGGUGGGGGACCUGCUGGACCUGAUCCCAGCCCUGGUACCAGAGACUGACCCUCACCACAGAAACACGAAGUUCAGAAUGCCUGGCAUGGGACACUGUUCUGCCCUCAUUAAGAUGUUGCCAGGGUUCGAGAACCUCCUGUUGGCUCACUCCAGCUGGUACACCUACGCAGCCACGCUGCGCAUCUACAAGCACUGGGAUUUCAGAGUAUCGGAGACCCACACCGCCACAGGCAAAAUGUCCUUCAGCAGCUAUCCUGGCUUCCUGGUGUCUCUGGAUGACUUCUACAUCUUAGGCAGUGGCCUCCUGAUGACCCAGACCACCAACAACGUCUUCAACAGCUCGCUCUUCUCCCUGGUGACGCCUCAGAGCCUGCUGGCCUGGCAGAGGGUUCGACUGGCGCAUGCCCUCGCGCGCACCGGGAAGCAGUGGGCACAGACCUUCUCCAGAUACAACUCCGGCACCUAUAAUAACCAGUACAUGGUGGUGGACCUCAGCAAAGUGGCUCUGGGCAGCAGGCUGGAGGAGGGGGCUCUGACUGUGGUGGAGCAGAUUCCUGGGCUGGUGGAGUACUCGGACCAGACUCAGGCCCUGCGGCGAGGGUACUGGCCCUCCUACAAUGUGCCUUUCCACAGUACGAUCUACAACCAGAGUGGUUACCCGGAGAUGUGGAAGGAGCAUGGAGAGGACUUCUCCUAUGACCUCUGCCCACGAGCCAAGAUCUUCCGCAGGGACCAGGCCGGAGUGGCGGAUCUGGCCUCCAUGAAGCACAUCAUGAGAUACAACAAUUACAAGAAUGACCCCUACGCCAGAGGACACCCCUGCAGGACCAUCUGCUGCCGCAACGACCUGAAGGAGGAGAAGCCUAGCCCGGGAGGCUGCUACGAUACCAAGGUGACGGACUUUCACAUGGCGCAGCGCUUCGCGGCGGAGGCGGUCAACGGGCCCACGACGCAGGGGGGGCUCCCGCCCUUCUCCUGGAGCGGGUUCAACCGCACCUCCCACCAGGGGCUGCCCGUCACCUACAACUUCACCUUCCUGACCAUGCAGCCCAUGCUGCUCCGGCCCUGAGCCCGGGCACUGGACCCCUCGCCCGCGCUCAGGCUACAGCUCCGCCCAGGAGGGGGGGGGGGGAACGCACCCAGACAGCCAAACGUGUCUCACCCAAAGCGUCUCGUCGACAAUCACAGCCUCAGCUUCAAUCAGCGUCCGUUUGAUCGCAAAUGUUCAGCGUGUUUCGUUCUGUUAAAUCUGACGACCCCGUCUCCUUUUCUGCCUAGAUGUGGAACGGGAUGGGCUGAGCAGGGAGAAAAACAUUGGGGCUUUUGGGGAAUAUUGGGAAGGGGAUCUUUUUAUGGGGAUCUAAAAUGGUAUACAUGGGGGGGAUCAGUUAGGAAGGGAGAAACUUUUCUAGUCAUAUGGGUCACAUGGUGGGUGGUAAAAAGGAAGAGGUAAUGGAUCACUAGUUUAACCUAAGAAAUGUUUCCAUUGUAAUUGGCCACUAGGGACAAAUUGCAAUAAUUGCUGUAGAGAGCACUUUGGUGUCUGGUACCCUUAGCUGUUGUCAAUGUCUGUGUGUCAGAAUGAUUUUUCUUGUGAGCAAGCAGCAUGUUUGUGAUCAAAGAAAACCUGUGGGAAAUUUUAUACAAUCUUAAAAGAAUUAAGUGCUCAGGGCUGCGGUUUUCAUCCUCACUGCCUUGUCUUUUCUUGGCCUAAAAUAGUAUUUUUUAAAUGUCAGGGUAAAUUGUGAAAAAAGCUUUUUCCCCAUAUAUUUGUGUUGCUGUGCAUGUGUUGAAAUUCCUUUUUGUAUGACAGUUUUCGUGAAUAAUAAACAUAGUACCCCCACA